UUUCUCCAGAACAAACCUCGUCCAGUGUGAGUCCUGAUAGGCAUGCAAGACCUAAAACACCACGCCAUGAUCUAGACGGCUUCUGUCCAAAAUUACUGAUCGCUCUUGUAUUGGAGGAAUCGUGGUGUGAAAUAUAUAUAAUAAGUGCUGCGCAGUGGUCCAUGUCGCUAGAUACAAGUUCUUUGAUGUCUGCUAUUGGGGUUUCAACAACGGACCAAUCAGAACGCGCGACAGUGUUGUAUUCUCAGAUACGAAUGUUGCAAGAAAUUAUUCUGAGAUUUGCCGCCAUGCGUAUUGACUCAACGGAAUAUGCUUGUCUAAAAGCACUCGUCCUCUUCAAAUCAGAAAUCAAAGGGUUGAGAGACUACCUUCAGGUGGAGCUGCUACAGGAUCAAACCCAGGUCAUGCUAUCUGAAUACUGUUUCUCCAACCAUCCAGCUAACAAGCUCAGGUUUGGAAAGCUCCUGCUACAAUUGUAUAGUUUGAAAGCAGUUGGCCCGAGGUCUAUAGAAGAGGUUUUCUUUCGACGAACCAUAGGCAAUAUUCCGAUCGAGCGUCUUCUUUGUGACAUGUUUAAAUCAAGUUAAAACGAUUGCUAAGCGCUUCCAGGUAACACAAGUCUGUCAAAUUAACUAUUAACCUGCGGGCGGCUACUGGUUCUACUAGUGACUAGUGCUGAUCAAGGUCAUGGUCGGUACUGCUCGCUAUUGAGUCUGUUAACAUCCUGGAAAAUUUCCCUAAAAUGAUGAACGGUUUUGUCAAGACUGUAAGUUGGACAAGUUCAUUUAAGACAUUUUGUGCGAUUAUGGUUCAAGAACAAAGUCCCUGAUAAUAAUCACCAAACGUUUAAUUGAAAUAUACGGGUAACAAAAUAAAAGGGAAUCUGAACAAUAUUCAAUUCAUUUGUGAUUUUUUAAAUGGAUUUUUUCAUCUUCCAUUUUUAGUACUGUCAAUUAUCAAUUUUAGGGUUAUCGAAAUGGAAAUUUGAGGGUUAUUAUAUUCUGUUUCCUCAAUGCGCAAACCUUGCAGCGAAAUGUCGUUGCCCACAAGAACACGAAAGAGCAUUACAAUAUAAUGGUUUAGCUUAUUUGUACAAAGGGGCAUUACUCCGGGAAACUCUUUCUCAUAUCAAACGUUAAUAUUUUUAAUGCAUGUUGUACGUAUAACUUCAAUAGAACAAUUAUAAUGAAUAAUUUACAGCACAUUUUUUAGUAUAUUUUUUCUCUAUUUGGCUCUUGUUAUUUUUGUAAAUAAAAGAGGUGUAUAAUAACGCAAACUUCAGUAAUACCAAAUACUUUAAAGUGGAUUUGUCUUACAAUAGGAAUAUUUUCCAACAGUACAUCAAGUAUUUAUAAAACAAUAGAAAUUUAUCGUUUUUGAUAUUCUUAUAACAUAUUUCUUAAAACAAACGUUGAUAGGAACAUCCUAAUGAUAGAGUAUUGACAUUUAUAUGAUGAAUUAUAAUCUUAAAAUGUUUCUUACGACAACUAAGCUUCAUACCAUAAAAACAGUUAUUUAUUGUAACAUAAACCUUCAAUUAUGAACCAAUCCACUUUAAAGAAUACGUUCUUCAAUAUGACAAUGACUUGGUAUCAUUCUGUGUUAUUGCUAUGUCCUAUGUUUUUAAUUGGCCAAUGAAAGAUUCCGUAAAAAGUUAUUAUCUU